AUGGCAACCAGAAGAUAUGCGAUUGGAAGAAUGGACGAAGCAAACCACCCAGACUCUAUAAGAGCAACCGUAGCUGAAUUCUUCUCCACUUGCAUCUUUGUCUUUGCUGGAGAAGGCUCCGCUCUUGCUCUAAGGAAGAUAUAUAGGGAUGAAGGUGCAUCGUCUGGUGAAUUAGUGGUACUUGCACUAGCUCAUGCUUUUUCACUAUUUGCCGCUAUUUCUGCUAGCAUGCAUGUAUCAGGUGGCCAUGUGAAUCCUGCUGUCACUUUUGGUGCUCUUAUUGGUGGUAGAAUCUCAGUUCUUAAAGCGGUUUAUUACUGGAUUGCUCAGCUUCUUGGUUCUGUUGUAGCUUCUCUCUUAUUGAGGCUUGUCACUAACAACAUGAGACCUCAGGCUUUCAACUUGGCGAUAAAUGUUGGUGCUGGACACGGGCUAGUACUCGAGAUUGCGAUGACAUUCGGUUUAAUGUAUGUUGUAUAUGCUACUGCCAUAGAUCCCAAAAGAGGCGUCAUUGGGUCAAUUGCACCCUUAGCAAUUGGACUUGUUGUUGGAGCAAAUGUUCUGGCUGGUGGUCCGUUUGAUGGUGCAUGCAUGAACCCUGCUCGGGCAUUUGGGCCUGCUUUGGUGGGCUGGAGAUGGGAUUACCAUUGGAUUUACUGGGCGGGUCCAUUGAUUGGAGCAGCAAUUGCAGCAGCUAUAUAUGAAUAUAUUAUGGUUCCAACUGUUCCUUCUUCUCAGACUCAUCCUCAACAUCAACCUUUGGUUGCUGAAGAUUACUAG